AUGAGAUAUUUCUUCCAUACACCACCCGCCAUUUUCCCUCAGCUCUUAUUCUUAUUCAUCGAUCUAUCUAUCUAUCUAUCUAUCUAUCUAUCUAUCUAUCUGAAUAAAUUUAAAUCUAUCUACGCGAAUCGUUUCAAUAUCUAUCUAUCUAUCUAUCGAUCUAUCUAUCUGAAUAAAUUUAAAUCUAUCUACGCGAAUCAGUUCAAUAUCUACUAUCUAUCAAUCCAUCUAUCUAUCUAUCUGAAUAAAUUUAAAUCUAUCUACGCGAAUCAGUUCAAUAUCUAUCUAUCUAUCUAUCUAUCUAUCUAUCUAUCUAUCUAUCUAUCUAUCUAUCUGAAUAAACUUAAAUCUAUCUACGCGAAUCAUUUCAAUUUCUAUCUAUCUAUCUAUCUAUCUAUCUAUCUAUCUAUCUAUCUGAAUAAACUUAAAUCUAUCUACGCGAAUCAUUUCAAUAUCUAUCUAUCUAUCUAUCUAUCUAUCUAUCUAUCUAUCUAUCUAUCAGGAUAUAUCUCUGCUCUGAUCUAUCUAUCAAUCUAUCAGAUUAUUCAUUCAUCUAUUCAUUCAUCUAUCUAUCUAUCUAUCUAUUCUAUCUAUCUAUCUAUCUAUCCGAUGUUUCUAUCUAUCACAUUAUCUAUCUAUCGAUCUAUCCGAUUCGUUUUAUCUAUCUAUCUAUUCAUUCAUCUAUCUAUCUAUCUAUAUAUCUAUCUAUUCUGUUUCUAUAUUCAUUCAUUCAUUCAUCUAUCUAUCUAUCUAUCCGAUUCUAUUUCUAUCUAUCAUUCAUUCAUCUAUCUAUCUAUCUAUCUAUCGAUUCUGUUUCUAUUCGAUCUAUCUAUCUAUCUAUUCAUUCAUCUAUCUAUCUAUCUAUCUAUCUAUCUAUUUCAGUCUGUCCAUAUCUAUCUAUCUAUCUAUCUAUCUAUCUAUCUAUAUCUAUCUAUCUCAGUCUGUUGA